AUGUCUUCACCACCAAUUUCGGACGACCCGUAUCCUACGCAGGCCCAGAAAUUCAACCCGUCGAUGGCAAUAAUUAUGGUAGUUCUUGUAAGUGUUUUCUUUUUAAUGGGAUUUUUCUCCGUCUACGUCCGCCAGUGCGCCGAUCGCAGGUUCCGCGGGGCCAGCUUCAACCCUGCUGCAUUGGCAGGCGCAGGCCGCCGGUCUUGGGGGAGAUAUCACGGCCUUGACCAGGAGGUCAUCGAUACCUUCCCUACUUUCCUUUAUUCUGCAGUCAAAGGUCUUAAAAUUGGUAAAGGCUCCCUAGAAUGUGCCGUUUGCUUAAUCGAGUUCGAAGAUGAUCAAACGCUGCGUUUUAUUCCCAAGUGCAGCCACGUGUUUCAUCCUGAUUGCAUCGACGCCUGGCUCACCUCCCAUGUCACUUGCCCGCUUUGCCGCGCCAAUUUGGUCCCCAAACCGGGUGACUUGCCAUUCUCUCCGAUUCAUGUUGUGGACCCUAAUAAUGACCUGGUUGAACCGAAUAGCCAAAAUAAUGUCACUGACGAGACACAAUAUCGUGUCCAAAUUCAUACUGCCGAUGAAAUUACAAGAGAGGUGCCGCAACAAGUUACGCAAUCUCCAAAGGUUAAUUUAUUAAGUCCAGUCAAUCAAAAUAGGCUACUUCCAUCAUGGUCAACAGGUUGGCGGUUAAAUGCAUUAUUUUUUAGAUCAAAUUCAACUAAUAAUCCAUUGAUUCAAUCGGAAGAGAAUCGCGAUAGAUUUACACUAAGAUUGCCAGAAGAGCUUCGAAGUCAAUUAAUGAACUCUCGCCUGAAUCGGACGAAAAGUUGCGUGGCAUUUUCUAAAGCUACGAGUCCAAGAAGAGGUUAUAGGAGCCGAAGUGGAGGAACCGAGCGAAGCAAGAACUUCUUUUGCCAUGAACAAUUAGAUCAAGAAGGAAGACCGGACCAUUGGGGUUUUACAACAACCCCACCUUUUGUAUAUAGGACCUGUUUGGUUCAGUCAAAAGAUGUGAGUAGUAGCGAUGGGGUGAAUGCUACUCCACCAAAGAAUUUCCCGAGGUCGCCAUUUGAUCGUUUGUUUCUUGGGAUUGACAAUAGCAAUAGAAGCAGCAACAAUGACGUGGGCGAACGAUCAUUUGAUCGGCUCAGGCCGGAUAGUCAAGUUUCGACAUAG